CCACGCUCUUCCAACGACACCCUCCGCCCGUCACCACCACCAUGGCCGACCCAGCUCCACCCACAUCCUCCGACCCUCACAAUCUCCGUGCCCUCGAAAAAGACCCACGUCUCUUCCUAUACACUUCCCUCACCGCCGGAUCCUCGCACAUAAUCACCGCGACCUCCCGUAUGGAAACGAUCCUCAAAGCGAACCGAAUUCCCUUCCAAGCGAUCGAUCUCGCAACGGACGAGCAGGCGAGGAGGCUAUGGCAGAGACGGGGAGGAGCGAAGAAGAAGUUGCCCGGGUUGGUGAAGGAGGGAUAUAUCAUUGGUGACAUUGACGAAGUCGAGGAAUGGAACGAAUUUGGCGAGCUGAAGGAGAACAUUGGACCUGUACCCGCUCACAACGCUCCUGCGCCUGCCGGUGGUCCUGUUGGCGUCAAUACGGCUCCACCGCUGUCCCAUAACGCUGGCCCCAGGAUUGCAUUACCAGGUGCUGCGGAGAUUGCGGCAAUACAAAAAGCCAAGAAGGAGAAGGCCGCCGAGGAGAGGGAAAAGGCGAAGGCGGAGGACACCAAGGUAGAGGAUGCAAAGCUGGACGAGUCCAAGACAGACGACUUGCAUGUGGAGGACGCAGAGGUCACGAUCACAUCCCCAACGUCCCGUACGAUAAAAUUCAAGGGCGAUGAGUCUCCAUCGACGGCAGAGGAGGAAGAGAAGAAGAGGAAGAGGCAGCAUCGCGGAAGUCAGAUCAUCGAAGCGACACCAGAGGAGAUUAUGCAGGUCGAGAGUCAGAAUUCGCUCGCUGAGGUGGAAGGCGAGGACGAUGAGGUGGUGAAGGAAGAUGGACAAGAUCAGGAAGAGAGACCCACGACGAAAGGCGUCGAAGGGUUGAAGAUCGUUGAUGAUGAGCCAUCUGCACAGAAGACUGCCGUGCACGAAGACGGUGUGGUAGAGAAGACGCAGGAUCAGUCUGCGAAGGACCCGGAGGCGGUUGGGAAGAGUGUGGAGGACUGAGGGGCUAUAAGUCAAGAGAGCCGAAUCGAAGACGCUGCGAUGCGAUGCGGUGAAAGCUACGGUCGCCUCUGUGCGCUUUGGUCAGCUUGGCGACGGUGUCUG